GGGGAAAACGCCACAGAAGAGGAAGAGUGGUCAGUGAGGGAGGGAGGCGGGCACGUGUAGACCAGGGCGUGUGCUGGAUCACUUAACUGUGCUUGGAUUUGUUAUGGAGUAUUCUUGACUUCAGCUGACAGUUUUCAGCUGUGGUGGUGCGGGGAUUUGAAUGUCCACGACUAUGGCCAAGAGGGAGGCGGGGAGCACCAGUCCAGUAGUCCGGCAGAUUGAUAAACAGUUCUUGGUCUGCAGCAUCUGUCUGGACCACUACAGGAACCCCAAAGUCCUGCCCUGUCUACACACCUUCUGCGAGAGUUGCCUCCAGAACUACAUUCCCCCAGAGUCUCUGACACUUUCCUGUCCAGUUUGUCGUCAGACGUCCAUUCUGCCGGAGAAAGGCGUUGGAGCUCUGCAGAACAACUUCUUCAUCACUAAUCUCAUGGAGGUUUUACAGAGGGAGCCCGAGUGUUCCAGGCCAGAGGCCUGCAGCGUGUUAGAGUCUGUGAGUGCCGCUGUGGCUGGAAAACCUCUCUGCUGCCCCAACCAUGAUGGCAAGGUGAUGGAGUUUUACUGCGAGUCCUGUGAGACUGCCAUGUGUCUGGAUUGUACAGAGGGGGAGCACAGAGAGCACGUCACUGUUCCACUGCGAGACGUCGUGGAGCAGCACAAAGCCGCACUAAAGACACAACUGGAAGCCAUCCACAGCAGGCUUCCUCAGCUGACCGCAGCCAUAGACCUGGUGUCUGAGAUUUCGCGGCAGCUCAAUGAGAGGAAGAGUGAGGCAGUGACAGAGAUCUCCAAUACCUUUGAGGAGCUGGAGAGGGCGCUACAUCAACGCAAGAGUGCCCUCAUAACUGACCUGGAGAACAUCUGCAGUGCCAAGCAGAAGGUUUUGCAGGCCCAGCUGUCGGCUCUGUUGCAGGGAAAGGAGCACAUCCAGAGCAGCUGCAGUUUCACUGAGCAGGCUCUCAGCCAUGGCAGCGCUACCGAGGUGUUAUUGGUGCAGAAGCAGAUGAGUGAGAGAGUGGUAGCUUUGGCACGGCACGACUUCCCCGAGAGGCCACAUCAAAACGCACAUCUGGACUGCCAGGUGGAGACGGAGGGUUUGAGGAGGUCUAUUCAGAACCUGGGGGUCCUGAUCACCACAGCGGCUGUAGCACACACGUCUGUGGCCACAGGAGAGGGACUCCGGCACGCAGCCACAGGACAACACCAGACCAUCACUGUGACCACUAAAGACAAAGACGGGGAGUUGGUGCGAACAGGAAAUGCAGUUUUAAAAGCUGAGAUCAGCUCCACAGACGGGACCCGAGCCUCUGAGGCUGAGAUCACAGACAAUAAGAAUGGCACGUAUGAGGUGGGCUACACGCUCAAACAUGAGGGCGAGUACCUGUUCUCCCUGUCACUGUACGGACAGCCCAUCCGGGGCAGUCCCUUCAGGCUGCGGGCCAUCAAACCCUCAGACGUGCCUCAGUCUCCAGACGAUGUGAAGAGGAGGGUGAAGUCUCCGAGCGGGACAGGCGGGCACAUCCGACAGAAGGCAGUGAGGAGACCAUCCAGUAUGUACAGCACCACUAAGAAGAAGGAGAACCCCAUAGAGGAUGAGCUCAUCUACAGAGUGGGUUCCCGGGGCAGAGAAAAAGGCGAGUUCACCAAUUUACAGGGUAUUUCUGCCUCCAGUAACGGACGAGUGGUGGUCGCCGAUAGCAACAACCAAUGUAUUCAGAUAUUCUCCAAUGACGGACAGUUUAAGAUGCGUUUUGGGGUCAGAGGUCGUUCCCCAGGCCAGCUGCAGAGGCCGACGGGUGUGACGGUGGAUUCAAAUGGUGACAUUGUGGUAGCGGACUAUGACAACCGAUGGGUUAGCAUUUUCUCCUCUGAUGGAAAAUUUAAGAAUAAAAUUGGAGCAGGGAGACUGAUGGGACCGAAGGGUGUGGCUGUGGAUAAGAAUGGACACAUCAUCACUGUGGACAACAAGGCGUGCUGUGUCUUCAUCUUUCAGUCCAAUGGAAAACUGGUCACCAAGUUUGGAGGCAGAGGCACAUCUGACAGACAGUUUGCAGGUCCACACUUUGUUGCUGUGAAUAACAAGAAUGAAAUUGUUGUGACAGAUUUUCACAACCAUUCUGUAAAGGUGUACAAUGCAGAUGGGGAGUUCCUGUUUAAAUUUGGUUCUCACGGUGAAGGUAAUGGGCAGUUCAACGCACCCACUGGAGUCGCUGUCGAUGCUAAUGGGAAUAUUAUUGUAGCCGACUGGGGCAAUAGCAGAAUACAGGUGUUUGACAGUACAGGCUCGUUCCUGUCCUAUAUCAACACAUCAGCGGACCCUCUGUAUGGACCCCAGGGGCUGGCUCUCACCUCGGACGGGCACGUGGCUGUGGCCGAUUCUGGGAACCACUGCUUCAAAGUUUACCGAUACCUACAGUAGAGACACAGGUUCAAGUCCUAAUGGCUUUCACUAACACUGGAGAGGGUUAAAAACACAGACAGCUCUAGAAAAUAAGAGACCACUGCAAUUUCCCUCCGAGUCAAAUUUGAAUUAUAUUCUUCAUUUGUCAAAACAGUAUUGCUAUUAUCUUAAUCUGAAGUGAAUCUUGAAUUCUUUAAUUCAAUAGAAAAGAACGAAUUCAAUAAAUUCCAUCCAUCCAUCCAUUUUCGUCUGCUUAUCCGGGGCCAGGUCACGGGGGCAGCAGCCUAAGCAGGGACUCCCAGACUUCCUUCACCCCAGACACGUCCUCUAGCUCCUCCGGGGGAAAUCAAUAAAUGGCAAAUUCAAUAAAUUACAACGGUUAAUUUAUUUUAUUUUCUAGUCACCAAAAUAAUCUGAGAAUCCAAUCAUUGUACAGUGUUCACUUGUUUUCCAGAGCUGUGUGUAACUUCAAUGUAUGGUUCAAAAUAUGGUCAUAUAUCUAUUACAAUAACUCAAGAAAAAACAUACAACAUGGAAAAUUUGCUUUAUAUUUAAAAUCAUAUUAACCCAAAUAGGCAUAUCUUUAAUAAAAUGGCCGCUCUGAGAUAAGCAAGAGUCGCAUGUCAGUAAGCUCAAAGUAUUUGCCCAAUGUCACUGCCUUACAGCACCACACAUGCAAACUGGUGUGUGUGUGUACCACAAAUUUUAACUUUUAUUUGAUUAUUUUUGCACCUUGUCAUUGCACAUAAAUGUUUAAUUUUGAAAUGUGAUGACCUGUAUUUAUGCAUGUUGUUUGUUUUGGUUAUAUCCAAAGAUAAGCAUCAAAAGCACAAUUACUGUCCCAUUAUACAUUAUAUUCUAGAAGGUUACAUCUUUGUACUUCAUCAAGUUUAUUUUUCAUUAAUUUUUCUUCUAAUAACCAAAUUUCUUUAUACUCCUGUAGUUCUUGCACUUUGUAUUCAUUUGACGUUGUUGUACAUAUGCAUAUUAUGGCUGUAUAUAAUGAAUUAAUGUUACUCUAUUGUAAAACCUACCUAUUUCAGCAUUUAGACUAAAGGAGUGGAGUGUGUGCAGAAGGUCAUGCCACGUAGCCAAGUGAGUCGGUAGAACAAUGUUGUGUACAUUAUUUGUUGUAUUUUAUUUUUUAAAUAAUUUAUUUAUGAUUUCUUUUCUACAUAAGUUGUUCUACAAAUUAUUUUUUCUAAUUGGUGUGUUUGAGCUACUUCCUCUUUGCCAAAACAUUGUUCGUACAUGCAUCCUGUAGCAUCAGUUUCAUAGAGCCCACAUCCACUCAGUUCUUUCUUUUGCCAAAUUGUACUGUUGAAAGUUGUUGUUAACAUUGCACAAAAUACUAUAAGAAGUAUAUAGUUUGCAAAGAGUAAUAUAUGCCUAUGUAUAGUUCUCAUUUAUCAGACAGUGUAUUCUAAUCUACAAUCAUCAUCUUGUUGUAGCGACAAGCACCUUUACAUAGUUUUCAGUAUUUGUAUUUGUGGCUCAUAACACCAGCUUUAGGGACAGGGUAUUUUCAUAUAUUUAUCACUAACUGUGUUUCUGAUAUUGUCAUAAGUCUUGUUUACAGCUCAAAUUGUGUUGUAAUCAUCUAUUUCACCUGUUUCUGUCUUUUCCAUACAUUUAAUCUCUAAGAAAGCACAUGUAAAAGAUACCAGCCAUGAAACUUGUGAAGCCUCCAGUGUGUAAUCCAAAAGGCGAGUCAUACAAAUACUACCGUACACCUAUGUAACCAUGACAACGGUAUGAUUGUAAAUAAAGAAUGAC